AUGGCGGGCAACAAGCCUGACCGUCAACAGCAAGGUCAAUGGCGAAUUCGCAAUGCGUCACCCGACGACCCACCAGUGAAUACCAGACGAAUCGAUGGCCGAACCGCCAAUGCCCCAAGCCGAGCGCGUAACCCGGAGCGUGAGCGGUUAUUCCAGUGGAAAAGACUUCGACCUCAGCCGAGACAGGUGUCGCUGCUCUGGGACGAUACUACUUCGAACUUCUUCCAAACCGCUAUCAGUCUGGUGGAGCAAAAUGCGGGCCUGGCGCAAGAGGUCGUCAAGGAGAUGGCCGAUGACGGUCGGCUGCCGCUUAUCAGAGAUGUCAUUGAGGGAGCUGCUUCAGCUAGAACGCCCGAGGACGAAGUUCUUCUCUGGGAAUCGCGUAUUUCGCCCCUGCUCCGAGUCUUGCUCCACCCGACUGUUGUAGACUCUGUGGUCCUUGAACAGGAAACGGCCGUGCUCUAUCGAUUGCUCUUGGGAGUCGACGCCACGCGCCUAAAGACUCUCUUCAACUUUAUCUUCGAUGUCGUUGAUCACUGGGCCGAGUUGCCUUUCGAAAACACCGGUGUUUCUGGCAUGGAAGCCCUUGCUCUAUCCUGCGGCGUAUUGGCUAAAGUCAUCAACACCAGCACCUCAAACAUUGUCAAUGCCCUCUUUCAUCCCAUUGUCGAAGGAAUCAAGCUGCGAUUGGAUGUUUUUGGCAAUAAGGAUAGCGACUUCCAUACCUUGCAAGCAAUAAGACAUCUCGACUAUGUUUGCCGUCGCCUGGGUAUCGGCCAAAGUCUGGUUGACGCUGUCCAUGUCUCGGCUUCUUCUGGUGCCAUGGCCGAGUUCACUCUCAGCCAGGACUUGCCUGGAAAACUCUCCAAACGCCGUGAGCGCCACGACAAUGACCACCAGGAUAUUUCGGAUAUCAGGCUCAUGCCUACCCACCAGGAAAUCAUGUCUUCUCGAGAUGAAUAUUUGCCGGUCGCCAACCCCGCACAACACCACUUGCAAGGCCUGCGAGGUUUGCUGGAUCGGCAUUUCCGCCUUUUGCGCGAGGACACACUCCAUGAUUUACGAACCGCCAUUCGCACCACCGUAGAGUCGAACGUCAAGUUGCGAGAUGUUAGAACACGAGUUGUGGCCUACGACAACGCCUUUGCCGUUGACAUGACCUUUGACAGAUGGUCAGGUCUUGAAUUCAUUAUCCAGAUUGACCAACCCCGACCCACAAGCGGUUUAGACAAAUUGCAACGCGGCACUUGGUGGGCAGGAAAGAGACUCAUGGACGGGGCUCUUGUUUGCAUUGUUGAUGAUUCCGGCGGUGUUUUCUUCUUUCAGGUCUCGAGGUCGACCAUCAGAACUCCCAAAGACGAGAACCAGCAUGGUCAAGGAGACGACCAAGAGAAAGACAAGAACGAGGUACCGCGCUACAGUCUUCUCGACGAUACAAACCACGCCUACGUAUAUCUCCAUCUAGUCGACACAAGUAUCGACGAGACCAAGAGAUCUCUAAGGACCUCCUAA